ACUUUACUCCAACCUAUAAAGAAAAAACAACCACCCCUAGCCCAUGUUGUAAAACAAAAACUUUACACUUUUGCUUCUCUCUUUGCCUACAACAUUUCUCACUUUCAUGUCUUCUCUUCCAAGGUAAAAACUCCAUAUUAAAAUUAGCUGUUUUUUCCCCUUCUCCUUCUUCAUAUAUUAUAUAUAUGGAUAGUAGUAGUAAAAUUAGGCUAUAUAAGGGCUUAUGGGGCUCAAUUGUAGUGCUAGGAGUUGUUUGUUUGUUGGUUGGAGUCUUGGAGAAUAGAGAAACUAAGAUAUUGAAGAAGCAGAAUCCAAAUAUUAUUCAUUCAAGGGUGAAUCUCAACUUCAUGAGUAUUAAAAGAAGAGUUCCUAAUGGGCAUAACCCUAUCCAUAACAGAGGAGCGGGAAAUUCUCAUCAGCCACCUAGACAAGUUUCAAAAGGAGAACUUGGCAAGCCAUGAACAAAUUAAAAGGAAGAGGCCAGCACUGUGAAAAUAUAAUUUCCUAUCUUGUAGUUAUUGAAAAAUGGGAAUGUCUAUACAUAGUGUGAGAUGAAAUUUCAGAUCAAACCCCAGUUUAUUUUGUUUGAAUUUUUUGUUAAUACUGCACAGAUUGCUUAGAAUCUUUGGAGGUGGAAUGAAAAUAUAGUAAUUGAUUUGUCUUACACAA